AGAGGAGUGCGAGCGUCGAGUGAGCGAAGGCGGCGAGCGAGGCCUGCGCCGUCUGGGCUGCUCAGUCUCUCUCCUUCCUUCCCUCCCUCUCUCCCUCUCUCUCCCCCCCCCCCCUUCAUCCCUCCCCUCAUCCUCCGUCGUGGGCCCUCCUUGCCCGGCCAGAGCUGCGUCGUGUGGAAGCCAACCCAGGAACGCCGCUCGCCAGGCCGAAGCCAGGAGUAGUCUUCUCCCAAACCCGCCCGCUCCGGGGAAAGGAGCACCACCUUCUCUUCUCCUCCUCCUCCUCCCCAAAGCUCAACACAAAGGAGAAUGAAGGCCCCCCGCCACGGAUUUAAAGAAAUAUGCAUUGUUACAAUUUUAUUCUGGAAUUGAUGAAGUGGAAAUACAGAUGAAACCAGUUGGCGCAUUAUCAACUGAACAGGAUUAUUUCAUUCAGCUCUCCAGUAAAAGAAAACAAGUUGGAAUAAUUAAAUCAUUACUUCAACUGGUCACCAAAUUUCACUAAGCAAUCCAGCUUAAAACUUGUCAAGCAGCAGGGCAGUUUGCCAAAGUUGACAGUGAACAGAAAGGAUUUAAAUGUGAACAAUGAUUUGUCUGAAAGUUUACAUCAGAUUGCUGGGGUUCUGUAUAUUCAUCAUUCUUCAAGUUCAAGGGCAGAAUCUAGACAGCAUGCUCCAUGGGACAGGGAUGAAGACAGAUCCUGAUCAGAAGAAGCAGGAAGAUGGAGUAACCGUAGCUCCAGAGGACACAUUGCCGUUUUUACAGUGCUACUGUUCAGGGCACUGUCCGGAAAAUGCCAUUAAUAACACAUGCAAAACUAACGGACAUUGCUUUGCCAUCAUCGAAGAAGAGGAAAAUGGAGAAAUUACACUUGCUUCAGGCUGCAUGAAAUAUGAAGGCUCAGACUUCCAGUGCAAGGAUUCUCCAAAAGCACAGCUACGGCGAACAAUUGAAUGCUGUCGGACAGAUUUCUGCAAUCAAGAUUUGAAGCCCACGUUACCCCCUCCUAUUCCUACAGAUGGUCUCUUUGACGGCAGCAUUCGUUGGAUCGCCGUACUUCUUUCUAUGGCAGUCUGUAUAAUAAUUUUGAUUGUCUUAUUUAGCUGUUUCUGCUACAGGCACUAUUGUAAAUGGGUAGCAAAAAGACAAUGUUAUAAUCGUGAUCUGGAGCAAGAUGAAGCCUUUAUUCCAACCGGGGAGUCACUGAAAGAUCUUAUUGAUCAGUCUCAGAGCUCUGGCAGUGGUUCAGGACUUCCUCUUUUGGUCCAGCGGACUAUUGCCAAACAAAUUCAGAUGGUACGGCAAGUUGGAAAAGGGCGAUAUGGUGAAGUGUGGAUGGGUAAAUGGCGGGGUGAAAAAGUAGCAGUGAAGGUAUUUUUCACCACUGAAGAAGCAAGCUGGUUUCGAGAAACUGAGAUAUACCAGACAGUUCUCAUGCGCCAUGAAAAUAUACUUGGUUUCAUAGCAGCAGAUAUUAAAGGCACAGGCUCUUGGACCCAACUUUACUUGAUCACAGAUUAUCAUGAAAAUGGGUCGCUAUAUGACUUCCUGAAGUGUACCACGCUAGACAACAGAGCUCUUCUCAAACUGGCUUAUUCUGCUGCAUGUGGUCUCUGCCAUUUGCACACAGAGAUAUAUGGAACACAAGGGAAGCCUGCUAUUGCGCACAGAGACCUGAAGAGUAAAAAUAUCUUGAUAAAGAGAAAUGGGACUUGCUGUAUUGCUGACUUGGGCCUAGCUGUUAAAUUUAACAGUGAUACAAAUGAAGUUGAUGUUCCUUUGAAUACAAGAGUGGGAACAAAGCGUUACAUGGCACCAGAAGUCCUAGAUGAAAGCCUGAAUAAAAAUCAUUUCCAGCCAUACAUUAUGGCUGACAUCUAUAGUUUUGGCUUGAUUAUUUGGGAAAUGGCCCGGCGUUGUGUCACAGGAGGUAUUGUUGAAGAGUACCAGCUACCCUACUAUGAUAUGGUGCCAAAUGAUCCUUCGUAUGAGGAUAUGAGAGAGGUGGUAUGUGUUAAGCAUCUGCGCCCAGUAGUACCUAAUAGGUGGAACAGUGAUGAGUGUUUAAGAGCAAUAUUGAAAUUAAUGUGUGAAUGCUGGGCACACAAUCCUGCCUCAAGACUUACAGCCUUGAGGAUUAAGAAGACCCUGGGCAAGAUGGUGGAAUCGCAAGAUGUUAAGAUUUGACAAAGAAAUAUCACUGAGGAGUGAAGUUUGGACUCUAGAGCUGUUUGCUCAAGCAAGUGUAGGUCUGGUGAGAUGGACAAGGGGGAUCUGAGUUUCAGCCCACUUUCUCGCCACUUUUACCGGCUGCUAAUAUUAAAUCUUUCAGUACUUUGUAGAAUAUGGUAUCCAUGUACACUAUAUGGUACACAUGUGGAUAGCCUUGUUUUACUUUUUGUUUUGAGCUGCAUUGAGAUUUUCAUCACACUUUCAAACUCCCAUAAAACUCUUGAAUUCUGAAUUGCAUAUUCAGAUUGUAGUGCUUUCUAUGAAAGCCUUAAGUUAAAUUAAUUCAACAGCAAUGGAAAAAAUAAGCUUUUUUUUACCUUCUACCUGAUGAUAUCUUAUCAAGUCUUGGUGGAAUAGCCUAUGGUUUUGAGUCUGGGGUACUACAUAAUUUGAUAAUUCCUUAUGCCUUUUAUGAUUUGUGUGUGUGUGCCAGGAUUUUUCUCCUGUCAUUUGGAGUACUUAAGAAGCCAUUUAAUUUCAUGCAAAGCUACCAUUUUCUUCUGUAAUGCCUUGGCCAAGCAUAUGAAAACUAUUUGGAUUUCAAAGAAAAUUAACUUCUACCUUCCUUUUGUGCUGCAUGAAGAAAAAAAAAGUUUUAAGACCAAAAAUCUAAAGAGCUCCUAUAAGCCUAUGCAGUAAGUCAUCUCCAAGUUUGAUUUGGAGAACAGACCAUAACUCAGUUCAUACUUCUAAUGCUAUGGAUUUCUGAAGACUGUGCGUGCAACAUGGAACAGCUGAACCUCUCUGAUAAUUUAAGUGCCUGUAUUCUUGUACUGUAAACCGUACCCUAGUUAGCUUUAAAAAGGGAAGUUAUUUAUAUAGUGUUUAAUGUACUUUUAUUUGCUAAAUAUCUGCUCUUUUGUAUAUGUGUAAACAUACCAUACACAGAUCUGAAAAGGAUUUUAAAAGUGAUUAUGUUUAACUAUGAUCAAAAACACACAUGCUGAAUGUGACAUGCAGAAGUGUUGGGUAGUCUAUCAAAGUAUGUGCAUGGAUACAACAAAGAUAUUUAAAUUUCCCUUUCAGGGGAAUUUGAUAAGAAGCUUAACGCAAUAUUAUUAUUAUGGAUUCAAAUAACAAUCAAGUGUGGGGAUGUGCUGUUUUUCAAAAUAAUGUUCUAUAGGUUGCAAACAGUAAAUGGUCAGGCGAAAGAUUGCAGUAUUUUUUUUAUUUAUAUCUUGGUGUACAAAUUUUAUUUAACAUUUCCUUAAGUCAUUGCUUUUUUAGUAAUGCCUUUAAGUAUUAGUGCAUACUCAGCUGAAUAGUUCAUGGGUACAUAAGCUAUGGAUUAAUUUAUUUGGAACACAGCAAAUCAUGGACAAUAUUGUGCCACAGAUCUUAAGCAAAAGGUGUGUUCUUUUUCCGUCCAUUGCCAGGAAUGCAAUCAGGCUGAUGUUCUAAAAUCUAUCAUUUUAAUUUGCACAGGUAGUUGGUAAAUAUUUGGCAUAAACCAACACAUUAUUAGUCUAGACCAGUAGUUUUCGCGCUUUGUGCUUUCAAGGACCCCUCUUUAUAACCAGCAUUCUGAGGAAUAUUUGCAAGUCUGACAGGGAAUCUUUGCCUUCAAAAUAUUUUGAAGAUACAAGAAUGUUCUAAGAUGCACUCAGUCCUCAUGGAGCCCUUGCCAGGCUUGCUGGGCCUCGCUGUUAUCUCUCAUAAGCUGAGUGCCUACCAUAGAACACACCCAGCUCUCUGCUAUGACUCUGCACGGCAGGACAAUAUCAGUAGUGGUGGGCAUGCAAUCUCUCGGGGAAACCUGUCUCCUUUUAUUGAUCUUGAGGAACCUCUGGUGAUAAGCUCACGAGGAACCUAGGGUUCCUGGGAAUACAGAUUGAAAACCACUGGCCUAGACCAAGUUUCUUUUGAUUAAAAUUCCAUUUUAACAAAUAUUUGUUUACAAUGACAUUAUGAGUUCUCUCAGAAAAUUUGGUGAGGUGUAUGUUUUCCAUCUUCUAAAAUGGAAUAUCUGUAUUGUUUUAAGUGCCAUGUGCGUUGGGUAGCUUUAUUACUAGUGGAUUAUGUGCUGAAAUUUAAUGUUGGCUUGAGGCUUUAGAAUAAAACAAAGCAGUCUAAAAAUGCCAAUACUGGAUCAGAGCCAUUAUUCCUAGAGUCCAGUAUAUGUCCUAACUUUUAUCAUACCUAUGGGCUAUUGUAUGUCCCUGCUAUUUCUUAGGAGACCUUACUGUACAGCAUGAAUAGACAUUAUUUCAGAGUACAUUGUAUUCUGUAGUAGAGCCUACACAAUUCUAGCGUUUCACUUUAUUUUUGGAAACACCAAAUUCUUUGGAGCUAUGCAAAUAUUAUAUAUGAAAUCAUUUGCCUUGAAAAGACUUGAGAUUAUUAUAUAAGUUUUGAAAUAUUUUCCAUUCCUUUUCAAAAUUUAGUACCACUAAUUUAAUGACUAUGAAAAGUCUCUCUCUCUCUCUCUCUCUCUCUCUCUCUCUCUCUCUCUCAGCUAUUCCAGUUGUGCAUGUUGCUAAAUUAUUGGCAACAAUUAGAUAAUGAGGCAAUGAGGUUUGAAAUUGUAUUUAUUGAAGUACGCAAAAUAGUCCCUUUUCAUCUUGACCCCCCUUUCCAUUUUAUGGUGUGUGCUUCCUUGACCUAGGAGCUAAAAAAAUAGCUUCUACUCACCCAUUCUAGUGGAGAAUAAUCUGCAUUUAUUUGCAGUUGGGAGUGGAUGCAGAAAACUAUUUUACCACGCAUCUGCACCUGAUGUGGGAUAAAACCCUUCUUAUUCCUUAAUACAGGGGUCCCCAAACUUUUUGGACCUGUGGGCACAGAUGAUGUCACUGUUCAUAUAAUGGCUGCCAUGGGGGGGGGGGGGCUGGCUAGUCAAAAGGCAAGCAAUCCACCCAAGAAACUGAGAAUAAGCAGAGGAAGGAUCUGAUCUCCAAAACCAACCCGCAUAUUUGAUCCCACAGAGGCACAACAAAAAAUACCCAUUUAAAGUUGCUGUCCUAUCAUGUUUACAUGGAACUCAGUGGGAAUUACUUCUCAGUCGAUCUGCAUAGGAUUGCUCUGCUCAUCCUAACCGUACACCUUUCCCCAGCCCCAAAGGAAAAGGAAAAGGCCCCCAGCCCCAAAAGGAAAGAAAAAGCCUUUCCUACCUUGACCCCAGGCUCAGCGGCAGGUUCAGGAACAGGAAAGACAAUAUAGGGCCCUAAACCUUUCCAAGGUUCUUAUUCAAAAUGUGUUUUUUCGAAGGGGCCAAGGAGUGCAGAGCUUUGUGGGCACAAUGGCACCCGUGAGUGCUGCAUUGAGGGCCACUGCCUUAAUAGGUCUGAUGCAGCUGGCUAAGCUGCCCUACAUGUGAGCUCCCACUGUGUGCUUUUAUUCCCAUUUUACCACAAAAUAUUCAUGGUGGGAGCAGCUUGGAGCUGAUUUACAUGGUGAGCCUGUAAUUGCAGCCAGAAGUGGCAUUAAAUGUGGCAAGUAUGUUUGUCAGCGUAUUUGGUAUAUUUUUCAAAAAGCUAUUCACUUAUUUUUAAGGCCAACACAAUUCUCAAGCCCUUUUCCCCUUCAAGUUAUUUGAGGCUUUUCAUAUAUUUGUCUGAUUGCCUUCUGUGUGUGUUUUCUAAUUCUUUUAAAAAAUGCAUGCUUGCUAAUGUCUUCCAUUAUGUAUUGCACAGAAUGUUUCAUGAAUAGCAAGUUUGUGCCUUGGAAUUAUGCUUUUCAUCUAAAACAAAUUGUCCCUUGAAGCUUUGAGAUUAAUAUGACCGUUAAAUUAUUGAAAAUGUAAUGUUUUGAUAGCUGCCUUACUCAUUCUGAAGCAUAUUUCACAACUGACCCUCAUUUUGUGAGGGACCUCCAGCAUUUUGCAAAGCUGUGCCACCUUGUAGAAUUUGAAAGAAGCAGAAUGAAUGUCGUUGAAUGCAUUUUGAGGUGAGAGACAUUUAAAACAAAUAGGAAUUAUGCAAACUUUGAUUUAGAAUUCUGCUUGAUUACUGUAACAUGUUCCUAAAAGUUAAUAUUGUUAUCAAAUUGGGUAACAUUUUCUGCUUUGUCAUCUGUUUUCUCCCCUUAUUCUUCAUCGUAUGAGCCAAUUUAAUAAUUACCUAAUAGUAAUCAGCCAAGAAUAUAUGUAUACUUUUUAUCACACUUGCAAAAAAAAAAAUGCCAUAAUUUCAAUAAUGAAACAGUCUUGGAAAUAAAUUGAAGUUCCUACUGGUGCCAUAAAAAAACAACAUUGCAGCUUCACAUGCCAUAAAAAGGUGCUGUAAAUGCCUCCUUUUCCCUAAUGGUUGAUGUCAUCUUCUCCUUGGUCAUAUUCCAAGAAUUAUCUUCUUUGUGAACAUAUCCAGUACAUGCUUCUUCGGUCACCAGUUUGCUCUAUUUCCAAUGUCUCUUUGCUAAAUGCUUCUCACUUCUUAGGUGCCCUCCUUCAAUCAGUCUGAAUUCUUAAACGUCAUUUGUUGGCAAGUCCAAAGUGUUUCCAUGGUUGCAUUUCCACCAUUUAGUUGUAUGGAAGACAGAAAUGCCUAUUUUCCUGCAUUUGUGGAUGCUGGAACAUCUAUGAUUAAAGAGAGAGACAGCAAGCGGAGUUUCUAAAAUACAUGUAGGUUCCUUUCCCUGCAGUAAUGUCAUCUGGCUUCAGGGCAUAAUCUGAAAUAUUAGGCUCUAUUUUAUUUCUCUGACUGCUAAAUUAAAUAUUCAGCCAUCUGCCCAAUUGAGUAUGAGAAGACACUAAUUUUCAUGGUUUUCAGUAAAGUUUUUGUUUAAUUUUAUUUUAUCAAUUUUCUAGCCUUGUGACAGUAAUUCAGAUUGAAGUUGGCCUAACCCUGUUCUUACUAAAUCCCCAGUGUUUGUGAUAUGUUUCCAAAACCAAUUGUGGUAGAAUGCAGAGGUUUGUAAAGUCACCUGGAACCUUGUUCUUGAACAAACUUUUAGUGAAAUGAAUGGGAAGUUAUGUUCCCAGGUGAGUUCUUGAGCAACUCCCUUUCAUCCCAAUCUUGCAUUAAAGUUCCUAGUGCUUUGUUCCUAAAAUUAAAUGCAUAUAUAUGUAUCAAAUGUGGAAUGAACAAUACGUAACCUUUCUCCAAACACAACUGUCUCAUUGAAUAGUUGCCUUGUCCUAUAGAACUCCUGAAUGCAAUAUAGAAGCCCACAUACUGUACUCAUGUUUUGUGCUCUGACUUACCCGUGCCCAAUAUAAAAAUGUACUAUAUUGUAUACAGAGAGAAUAAUGUAGCUAACCUAUAGAAGAUGUAAAUAAAGAAGAGAGGGUGAAAUAAGCAUUAUGAUUAUACUCCUUUUGUUAUAUAUAUGCCAGAAGUGUAGAAUGUUUUUUUAAAAAUGUAACAGGCUAAAUGUCUUUUUGUACAGCAUCUGAUUUAAAAGGUGCCUUAAGUUUACCAUGAAUUGCUUUGUUCUGUACACAAAUUUAUGUCAAUGUAUCAUUUUAAGUAAAUAACCUUAUUUUAGUAAA